UAUAAAUGUGUUAGCACUUCCCUGCCAUUCAGCAGUUGUUGCAUCGACCCCGUUGGGUACAACACGCAACGCAAACGUCUCCCUAAAUACUACAGGGGAAAAAAAGCCUUUUCUUCCUCCUCUCUACUGCUUUGUCACCUCUAGACGACAACAUGCGCGAGUGUAUCUCCAUCCACGUUGGGCAGGCUGGCGUCCAGAUCGGCAAUGCCUGCUGGGAGCUCUACUGCCUGGAGCACGGCAUCCAGCCUGACGGACAGAUGCCCAGCGACAAGACCCUGGGGGGCGGGGACGACUCCUUCAACACCUUCUUCAGCGAGACCGGGGCGGGAAAACAUGUGCCCAGAGCCGUGUUUGUGGACCUGGAGCCCACUGUCAUCGAUGAGGUGCGCACUGGAACCUACCGCCAGCUCUUCCACCCCGAGCAGCUGAUCACCGGCAAGGAGGACGCCGCCAACAACUACGCCCGUGGACACUACACCAUCGGCAAGGAGAUCAUCGAUCUGGUGCUGGACAGGAUCCGUAAACUGGCCGACCAGUGCACGGGGCUCCAGGGCUUCCUGGUAUUCCACAGCUUCGGAGGCGGCACCGGCUCCGGUUUCACUUCCCUGCUGAUGGAGCGUCUGUCGGUGGACUACGGCAAGAAGUCCAAGCUGGAGUUCUCCAUCUACCCGGCCCCUCAGGUGUCCACCGCCGUGGUGGAGCCCUACAAUUCCAUCCUGACCACCCACACCACCCUGGAGCACUCCGACUGCGCCUUCAUGGUGGACAACGAAGCCAUCUACGACAUCUGCCGCAGGAACCUGGACAUCGAGCGUCCCACGUACACCAACCUGAACAGGCUCAUCAGUCAGAUCGUGUCCUCCAUCACGGCCUCCCUUCGCUUCGACGGCGCCCUCAACGUGGAUCUGACCGAGUUCCAGACCAACUUGGUGCCCUACCCCCGUAUCCACUUCCCCCUGGCCACCUACGCCCCCGUCAUCUCCGCUGAGAAGGCGUACCACGAGCAGCUGUCCGUGGCCGAGAUCACCAACGCCUGCUUCGAGCCCGCCAACCAGAUGGUGAAAUGCGACCCCCGCCACGGCAAGUACAUGGCCUGCUGCCUGCUCUUCCGUGGCGACGUGGUGCCCAAGGACGUCAACGCCGCCAUCGCCACCAUCAAAACCAAGCGCACCAUCCAGUUUGUGGACUGGUGCCCCACCGGCUUCAAGGUGGGCAUCAACUACCAGCCGCCCACCGUGGUCCCCGGCGGAGAUCUGGCCAAGGUCCAGAGGGCCGUGUGCAUGCUGAGCAACACCACCGCCAUCGCCGAGGCCUGGGCCCGCCUGGACCACAAGUUUGACCUGAUGUACGCCAAGCGCGCCUUCGUCCACUGGUACGUGGGCGAGGGCAUGGAGGAGGGCGAGUUCUCCGAGGCCAGGGAGGACAUGGCCGCCCUGGAGAAGGAUUACGAGGAGGUGGGCGUCGACUCCAUUGAGGGCGAAGGAGAGGAGGAAGGAGAAGAAUAUUAAACAGGAAAUGGUGGCGAAUGCGUCCCGUAUCCAGACACCUGUCCACGGGCCCGUUAGCAGUUUGAAAUUCCUCCAAAUCUCCAUCUUGGCUCCAAAUAAAAUCUGUCACCAGUGA